AUGUCCCCCCAGGUGACAGCGUUCCCCUCCUGGGGCCGUGCAGGUGUCCCCCCCGGGCUGCAGCAGGUGCCAGGGAGCUGUGGGUUGGAGUUCCUGCUGCAGGGGGUGUCCCCCCGCGGGAACAGCUCCCGCUUCCUGCUCGAGGUGGCGGCGCUGGAGGCGCCGGGGGCGGCGCGGGCGCUGCGGGCACGGAGAGACCUGGACGAUGAGUUCGCCCCCGGGGUGUUCGAGGUGAUGGGCUCAGGGGCUGAUUCCUCCCCCUCCCACCCCCCCAGGUCGGUGCUGGUGGGCUUUGGGGAGCCCCCCAGGGACACCUUCUCCCCCCUGAUCAUCUCCAUCAUGGCUGUGGCUCUGGGCACCCCCCUGGCCCUGCUCCUGGGGGGCUCCGGCCUCGUCCUGCUGGCCCGGAGGAGACGCUACUCCGAGUACGAGCCCAUCAACUGAGGGGACACCCUGGGGACACCCCCAGGAUCCGCAGGGACAUCCCUGGGAUUCUCUGGGAGACCCCCAGGAUCCGCAGGGACACCCCCAGGAUCUGCAGGGACACCCCCAGGAUCCGCAGGGACACCCCCAGGAUCUGCAGGGAGAGCACCAGGAUACUCAGGGAGACCCCCAGGAUGACCAGAGAAACCCCCAGGAUCUCCAGGAAGACCUCCAGGAUCCUCAAGGAGACCCUCAGGAUCUUCAGGGAGACCCCCAGAUUCCCAGGGAGACCCCCAGGAUCUCCAGGGACAACCCCAGGAUCCUCUGGGAGACCUCCAGGAUAUGUAGGGAGACCCCCAAGAUCCACAGGGAGACCCCCAGGAUACCCAGGGAGACCUUUGGGAUCCCCAGGAGACCCCCAGGAUCCUCUGGGAAACCCCCAGGAUGCCCAGGGAGACCUUUGGGAUCCCCAGGAGACCCCCAGGAUCCUCUGGGAGACCCCCAGGAUGCCCAGGGAGACCUUUGGGAUCCCCAGGAGACCCCCAGGAUCCUCUGGCUCUCCCCAUCCCGGCAUUCCCAGCUCCAAGGGGAUCCCUUGGCACCGUCUCCCUUUGUCCUUGCUCCUCCUCUCCCUGCCUUGGAUUGCACUUUUCUCCCCCCUCCCCUGUUUUUUCCUGAUUAUUCCAAGGGAUUUCAAUCCCUGG